AUGGAAGCCAACACUUCCCUCUGGCACAGCUACCUCGGAGUGAUCCUGUCCCGCGAGAGGCAGCGGGUGGAGCAUUUCCAGCGGGCCGAGGACAUCCUGCUCACCCUGCUGGAGAAUGUCCAUGCCAGGGAUCCCCGCUUCCUCGUGGACUACGCCAGGAACCUGGAAGCCUUCGAGUUUGCUGUCGGUGCCUCUGAGGACGCUGUCACUCUCGAGGUGCCCCUGCGCAUUGAUGGUGACACCCUGCGUGUGCUGGCAUGCCGGAGCAGGGACAGCCCGGGCGGGCGCCCUGCAGAGAUGAACACCUGCUGUCUGGAAGUGUGCUCUCCAGGGACUGAUUUGGAGGACUGGACUGGUGGUGUGGAUGUGAUGGAGCACGGAGGUGGUGCGAGGUGCCUGCUUCCAGGCAAAAUCCUCCAGCACCUGAAAGAGCUCCUUGUUUCAGCCAUCGUGUGCUGCCAACGCCUCUUCCUGCUUCAGCCAGGUGACAUCAGUGCUGAAAAUCUGCGGGAAGAUGCCAUGGAGCUCUCCCUGCUGAUCCGUGGCAGCUGGAAGACCAUUCGCUUUGACAUUGUUCCUGUGGUGAGGAGGCAGCAGGAGCCGCUGCAGCUCCAGAGGCUGCACAGGGACAGGGGCUUCCCUGAAGGCAGCCUCAGGAGGGCCACGGAAGAGGCUCACUUUGUCCCUGCCUCUCCCCACUGCUGGAGAUCCUCCACUCACCUUCCCAUCCUGAAGCUGCUCCGAGGAGUGGACACCCUGCAGGGACCCCGUCUGGACAGCCUUCGCCUGCUUGACCAGCUCCGUGACCAGGACUGGGGAGGGCACGGGGGGAGAGGCGCCCUCACUUUCAACCACCUGAAGAUGGUGUUGCUGUGGAGCACAGAGCUCUUCCCCUCCCCGGAGGACUGGCAGGACCUGGAAGGUUCUGUCUACAGGCUCUUGGUGAUCCUUCUCCGCUGCCUGGCCACCCAGCACCUGCCCCACUUCCUGAACCCAGAGGAAAACCUCUUCCAAGGAGAUGCCCCAGACCUUGCCUCCCUCUACCAUAAAGUGGAGAGCUUUGCCUGGGACCCCCAACGCUUCCUCUGCUUUCACUUUGGCCUCCAUGGGUUCAGUGGCAGCUGCCAGGCAGACACGGAAACCCAAGCCCUCCUGCAGCUCCCCACCGAGGAUGGGUCCUGCUGGGACACAGCCUACUUUGACAUCCUGCUCAGCCAGUUUCAGGUGUACCGGAUCCAGGACAGUGCACGUCGCUCAGCAGCAUCCCAGCUCCUCUCCAGGAUCCGCCAAGAAAUCCCUCAGCAGAGCUGA